AGUAAGCCGCGUCAGCAGCUGUCGCACCCCACCUGUGUACCUGGCAAGAGACCCGCGGCAAGGGGACUGUCACAGCACCGCAGAGGACGAUACAAGACUUGAUAAAUGAUACUAGGACGAAGUACGACACAUUAAUACCGUUAGCCCAAGGUGGUCGAAGUCCUGGGGAGAAUGAACGCUCGAUUUUUGUUUUAUUUUCUGGACCUCGAUAAGGUGAUUGACAGUGUUGAACGACUUGGACAAAAACCUCAGACUUGAAGUUCGUAAGGUGGUGGUAAAAGGAAUUUAAUUGGUUAAAAACGUUGCUUUAUUGCUGUUGCCCAUAGUGUUCUUUCCCCUGGUGGUUUUCUGCGUGCUUGGUUUCUGGGGCUUUCAACUCUGGACUGAACCAUGUCAUUACCAGACAUGGGUAGGGACCGGGAGAGUUUGUGUUCGCUCUUUCACGCUUGUGAUGUGGAUAAUUCUGGACAGAUUGAAAAAUACGAGUUUAUUCAAAUCUGCUCAGAGCUCAAUGUUCCACCGACGGAGAGAGAGCACAUCUUCUCUAAACUGGACACCGACAGAGACGGGACUAUCAAUCUAGCGGAGUUCAUUAGCGGCUUCCUCGGGAUCUCGGAGCAAGUGUAUUGUGGGAACAUGGAGAACGAGAGCUGGGAAGUCUCUUCUCCGGCCUGGGAAGAUUUCCAGACCCGACUGGGGGACCAUGCCAAGUUCAUACCCAGGAAUGAGCAGGCAGCCACGCUGUAUCAGAACAUCAGUAUGGCAGAGCCCAGGAUGGUGCCUCAGUAUGAGAGACUCAUCAUGAGUUUUACCAGAGAGAUCAAACAGCACAACGCUGAGAUGGAGAACCUGGCCCUGGCUGUCAAACGGGCCCAGGACAAGGCCUCCAUGCAACUCAGUGAGAUGGAGGAGGAGAUGGAUCAACGCAUCCAUACAGCCGAGAACAACACAAGGCUUCAGGAAGCCAAGAGGGCUGAGGCAGCUCUAAGUGAGCUGAAGAGGCACUAUGAGUCCGAGGUGUGUGAGCUGCAGCACAAGGUCCAGAAGAUGAAGCUGAUUGAAGACCAGUACAAGAACAUCAACAUGAAAGAUGAGUCUUCAACCCUAAAGAGGAAGAUCAACAAACUGACUCUGGAAAACCAGAGGUUGAAGCAGGAGUUGAUGCAGUCCCACACUAACAUAGCCUUCCUGCAGAGUGAACUGGACUCUCUGAAGAGUGACCUGACAGACCACAGCAUCAACUCGGAGGGAUACGAGGCGAUGAUGAGAGAGUUCUCUGAUGAGAGGGAUAACCUGGAGCGACAGAUAGAGAUCCUACAGGCAGCCAACAGGAAGCUUAAUGACAGUAAUGAUGGGCUGCUCAGGUCCCUUGAGAACAGCCUCAGCAAGAGCAACAAGCGUGAUAGCAGUGCUUCCCCAGCCAGCAUCAUUAGCAGGAGGAGCAGGAGCAACUGUUACUCAUCCCCAUACUUGGACAGGUUCUACCAGGCGGAUGUUGAUGAGGACGAGGACCCACUGGGAGGCCUGUUUGGGGGUGGUGGUAGGGGCUCCCUGGGGUGUCGGAGGCCUGGUCUGGAUACCAUAGCUCUGGCUCUGUGCGACCCAGGCAUGCAGCGCAGACAUAGCUACGAGGUGGACAGCCUGCCCGAGAGCUGCCUAGACAGCGGCAUGUCCACGCUGCGCGGCUCCAACUACGGAUAUGACUCUGAGCAGGAGGUCAAAGGGCACGAGGAUGAGGAGGAGGAGGGACAGAGGGUGGCCAGGAUCACAGAUGGCCUGGCGGAAGACAACUUUGACAACGACAUUGCAGAGGUGAUGGUGUUCGGAUCAGACAAUGGUUCUGUCCUGGACUGGAAACCCUUGGAACCAGUCAGCCGGAACAGCUCGGGAGCGUCCACACGCAAAGCCCUGUCCGCCAUCACCAAUGAGGCAAAGGAGAAGGAGUCAGCUGACCUGGGAUAUAUGACAUCAGAGAAGGCCUAUCGGGUGGUGUUGGCAGGUGACGCGGCGGUGGGCAAGUCCAGCUUCCUGCUCCGCCUCUGCAAGAACGAGUUUCGAGGAAACACCAGCGCCACCCUGGGGGUGGACUUUCAGAUGAAGAGUCUGGUAGUGGAUGGAGAGCCUACCCUACUACAGCUAUGGGACACAGCAGGCCAGGAGAGGUUCCGCAGCAUUGCUAAGUCCUACUUCAGACGAGCCGAUGGCGUCCUCCUGCUGUAUGAUGUCACCUGUGAGAAGAGCUUCCUCAACGUCCGAGAGUGGGUGGACAUGAUCGAGGACGUGUCCCAGGACAACAUCCCUAUCAUGCUGGUGGGGAAUAAGAGUGACCUGAGAGAGCAGGCUCUGCAGGACGGGAUCACCUGUGUCUCCACCAGCUAUGGAGAGAAACUGGCCAUGACGUAUAAUGCCCUGUUCUGUGAGACCAGUGCCAAAGACGGCUCCAAUGUCAUCGAGGCCGUGCUGCAUCUGGCCAGAGAGGUGACCAAGCAGGUUCAUGGGGCUGGAGACCAGGAGUCUGUGACUAACCUCUAUAGAAAUCCCAACAAGAAGAUGCCCACCGUCACCUGCUGCACAGGAUAAGAUACCAAACAGAAACGCUACUAGAGUAACCAAAACUCACCACCUAAGGAACCGCAUCAACAGAACACCACAACACUAGAACACUGUGUCCAACAGCAGAACAAGAGAACAAUGGGACUUCAGAAGAAAAGAACACAGGAGAAUCUGAUCAGAACACUAGAGUACUGUACCUCAACACUAGAACCACAAGACAGCUGGUUUUCUCAUAUAACAUCAACUGUACUGCUUAAUGCUAUAGGAUAACUCAUAUUGAGCUGUUAAGAAAGACAGCUAAUGCCUGUGUGUGUGUCUGUUUGUAUGAUUAUGCGCUUGCAUGAAUGCAUAGCUGCUUGUGUUAUAUGCAGACGUCAUUCACAUCCUGGUGAGUAGUGAAAUCUAAUCUCCUAUGCUGUUGAUUGUGUCUUCUGAAACCUCUGUGUGUACCCAAUAGUCAUACAUUUGAAGUCAGAAGUUUACAUACACUUAGGUUGGAGUCAUUAGAACUUGUUUUUCAACCACUCCACAAAUUCCUUGUUAACAAACUAUAGUUUUGGCAAGUCGGUUAGGACAUCUACUUUGUUUACAGACAGAUUAUUUCACUUAUAAUUCACUGUAUCACAAUUCCAGUGGUUCAGAAGAUUACCUACACUAAGUUGACUGUGCCUUUAAACAACUUUAUGUCAUGGCUUGAGAAGCUUCUGAUAGGCCAAUUUUACAUCAUUUGAGUCAAUUGGAGGUGUACCUGUGGAUGUAUUUCAAGGCCUACUUUCAAACUCAGUGCCUCUUUGCUUGACAUGAUGGGAACAUCAAAAGAAAUCAGCCAAGACCUCAGAAAAAGAAUCGUAGACCUCCACAAGUCUGGUUCAUCCUUGCGAGCAAUUUCCAAACGCCUGAAGGUGCCACGUUCAUCUGCACAAACAAUAGUACGCAAGUAUAAACACCUUGGGAGCAUGCAACCGUCUACCGCUCAGGAAGGAGA